UGGAGGAGAAUGGCAACCAAGAACUCUUCUGUGACAGAGUUUAUCCUCGCAGGCUUAACGAACCAGCCAGGACUCCAGAUUCCUCUGUUUUUCCUAUUUCUCUGCUUCUAUGUGGUCACUGUGGUGGGGAACCUGGGCUUGAUUACUCUGAUCGGGCUGAACUCUCACCUGCACACACCCAUGUACUUUUUUCUCUUUAACCUCUCUUUAAUAGAUUUGUGUUACUCCACUACCAUCACCCCCAAAAUGCUAAUGAGUUUUGUCUCAAAGAAGAACAUCAUCUUGCACACAGGUUGUAUGACUCAACUCUUUUUCUUCUGCUUCUUUGUUGUUUCUGAGUGCUUCAUUCUGUCAGCGAUGGCAUAUGACCGCUAUGUUGCCAUCUGUAAACCACUGUUGUACACAGUCACCAUGUCUCCUCAGGUCUGUUUUCUCCUCUUGCUAGGUGUCUAUCUGACGGGGUUUUCAGGGGCCAUGGCCCAUAUGGGAAGCAUUGUGAGUCUGACCUUCUGUGCUGACAACCUUGUCAAUCAUUUCAUGUGUGACAUCCUUCCUCUCCUUGAGCUCUCCUGCAACAGCACCUAUGUGAAUGAGCUGGUGGUAUAUAUUGUAGCCAUUGGCGUCGGAAUGCCUGUUGUCACUAUCUUCAUCUCUUAUGGUCUAAUACUCUCUAACAUUCUCUAUAUUCGCUCCACUGAGGGCAGGUCCAAGGCCUUUAGUACCUGCAGCUCCCACAUAAUUGUGGUUUCUCUUUUCUUUGGUUCUGGGUCUUUCAUGUAUCUAAAACCACCUUCCAUUUUGCCUCUUGACCAAGGGAAAGUGUUCUCUCUGUUCUAUACCAUUGUGUUGCCUAUGUUAAACCCAUUAAUCUACAGCUUGAGGAAUAAGGAUGUCAAAGUUGCCCUGAGGAAAACUUUGAGAAGAAAAAGAUUUUUUUGAGAAAGGAGCAGUAUUUGAAGGAGAUAUAAUU